CCGCCCCGGGGCCGCCUGGGCGGCCAGCGGAGCCGCCCGCCGGGCCAUGGAGCUCUCCCUGAGGCUGCUCCUGGCGUCCUGCCUCUCCCUGGGGGCGGCCGGCGAGUUUGACAGAAGGUGGCCCAGACACAUGGUCUCCUCUGCAGGACUCUGUCGGUUUGGAAGCAGAAUUGACUGCUGCUGGGGCUGGGCCCGAGUGUCCUGGGGACAAUGCCAGCCUAUAUGCCAGCCAGGGUGCAAACACGGUGAAUGCAUUGGGCCAAACAAGUGUAAGUGCCACCCAGGAUACACUGGAAAAACCUGCAACCAAGAUCUGAAUGAGUGUGGACUAAAGCCGCGGCCGUGCAAACACCGGUGUAUGAAUACCUACGGCAGCUACAAGUGCUACUGUCUGAACGGCUACAUGCUUAUGCCAGAUGGAACGUGCUCGAAUGCCCUCUCUUGCUUGAUGGCAAAUUGCCAGUAUGGCUGUGAUGUGCUGAAAGGGGAGGUGCGCUGCCGCUGUCCUUCCCCAGGGCUGCAGCUGGGGCCUGAUGGCAGGACUUGCAUAGAUAUUGAUGAAUGUGCUACUGGGAGAGUUAUCUGUCCAAGAUUUAGGCACUGUGUCAAUACUUUUGGAAGCUACAUUUGCAGGUGUCACCAAGGCUUUGAUCUGAUGUACAUUGGAGGCAAAUACCAAUGCCAUGAUAUAGAUGAAUGUUCCCUUGGCCACCAUCAGUGUGGUAGUUUUUCACACUGUUACAAUACCCCAGGAUCCUACAAAUGCAAAUGUAAAGAAGGUUACAGAGACAAUGGAACAAGCUGCACACAAAAGCCGAUGACCAGGCCGACGGCUCGACCUACACCUGAACCAACAACUCGACCUACGCCCAGACCAACGACCCAGCCUACACCUGGACCGGCAACUCGGCUGACACCAAAGCCAACCACUAGGUACGUGCCAGUGACAACAAGACCAACCACUAGAUACAUGCCAGUGACGACAAGACCAACCACUAGAUAUGUGCCAGUGACGACAAGGCCAGUAACGACGCCGGUAACGAGGCCUCCACCACCACCCCAACCUACAACGAUAAGACCUACACUGCCACCACAAAGACCUCCUCUUGUAAUAACUGAAGAACCUUCACAAGUUCCCAUUGAAACUACGCCUUCGAAAGGAAUUAUAGAUGACAACAGGAUCCAGCCAGAUCCUCAGAAACCGCGAGGAGAUGUGUUCAUUCCACGCCAGCCUGGAGUGAGCAAUAAUCUGUUUGAAAUACUUGAAAUUGAAAGAGGGAUUACUGCUGAUGAAUUUGAAGCAAAUGAUGACCCAGGUGUGCUGGUACACAGCUGUAAUUUUGAUAGUGGACUGUGUGGAUGGAUCAAGGACAAAGAUGACGACUUGCACUGGGAACCAGUGAGAGAUGGGUCAGGGGGACAGUAUCUUACCAUCUCUGAUCCCAAAGGCAAAGAAGGAAGAGCGGCACAUCUUAUCCUCCCCUUGGAUCACAUGGCUCACACCAGAGACUUGUGCCUGUCCUUCAGGCAUAAGGUGCCUGGACUGCAUUCUGGUGCCCUCCAAGUCUUUGUAAGGAAAAACGGUGCUCACGGACCAGCUGUUUGGGGAAGAAACGGUGGCCAUGGCUGGAGACAGACACACAUAACUUUACGAGGACUAGGCAUCAAGAGUGUUAUUUUCAAAGGAGAGAAAGGAAAAGGAAGAACUGGGGAUAUUGGCCUAGAUGAUGUGAUCUUGAGGAGAGGACGCUGCUCUGAAGAGCAUUAGCAAAGACAAUGGACCAGCACAGUCAUCUCCUUCUCAUGCAAUUCCUACCAAGCUUUGAAACAGAACUGCAUGAAUGAGAAGAAGAAGUGGGAGAGCAACAACUUCUUGGUGGUCUGCUAAGUGCAAUCUCAUGGAAACUUCACUUAAAUACGUGGAGAGCACCUCCCAGGAUUCAGGAAAUCCAAUCUCAGGCUGGUUCUUUCUAUUAAUCCUUUACCCUUAAUUACAUAGUUUCUAUGUAAUAACUUUAUCCCUUAUGGUGAGUGUUCACAGAAAGAGCACUCAUGAAAAAGGGAGAAUUAAUUACAAAUGGUGGCAAAAGGAAGCUCCAGCUCAAAGUUUUAGUGUUAACUGACAAUCAUUAACUUCCCAUAGUGCUAGUCUUUCAUUGAUUAGAUUUAACAGACAGUGGGAUUGAUCUAGCUUGGGUCACAUUGGAUCAGUGAGAGCCUGGACCUGAACUUUGGCUUGCUGCCACUGACCUUUGAAGAAGGGUUUGCUUUGUAUUAAAUAGCAUUUACUUUGCUGUUGCAUCUGUAUUAACAAAACCCAGUUAUCUAGAGUAGGCAUUGCAUCCUGUAAUAUUGCUCCUGCCGUGUUUUGUGUAUAUGUGUAUGGUUAACAUAUUUAUGUUUUUAAUAUUUACAGACUCUAGUUGCAAGGUAAUUGGCAGCUGUACUUUCUUAUUGUACAAGACAGGAGUUCAGCAUGUUCUUCAGUACCGCUGGUCCUGCCAAGUUACCAAAGUCAGUUUAUGGUGCUCACUGAAAAAUGCUGGUGCAGUUCUUCAUGUUGUAACGUCCUGAAGGCAAAAGACCAAACACUCACCUGAUA